AUGGAGGAGAGGCAGAAGCACGAGGAGGAGGAACGCUUGAAAUUGAACAUGUUUUGGACCAAUCCGGAGCCCCACGCGUGUACGACGUAUGGCACUCGAGAGUACACUGCCCGACUGGUGAACGUCCCAUCGUACUAUAAUCGCAGUGUGGAGGCUUGCAUGGCCACGGCGAUACAAAUCCACGGUGCUAAUUACACACCCAAGUGGUGCGAGGAUCAUGGUUUAAACAAUGUAAUAGGUCAUUGGGAAGUUGACCAGCAACAACCGGAUUGCGCAUCAUUCUGGUUGUGGUACAGAGAUUAUGGCUGUAUUUCUCCUGGAUCUGGUCAGCGAGUGAGUGUCUCAGAGAUCAUAAUAAUGAGCAGAUUCGACGAUGUGCAGCGUAUCGAACACUACCUUGAAAGUCUUCCGUCGGGAGGUGAUUGGAAGGAGUUCUGUGCUACCACCCCUGCAAGCUUUCAUGGUUUGCAUUUCACGGGGGCCCAAACCUGCUUCCAAAAGGACUUAGGCACAAACGGGCACUGGGUCAUUGAUGACGAGAGCUACAAUUAG